AUGAGCUGCUGCAUGUUUGGCUAUGCAGUUACGAUCAGGGGCGCUAGGAACAUUCUUUCCGCUCUUUCCAUCGAUCAUUUGGAUAAGCGGGUAGAUGAUGCCCUGAGUGACUUGUGCGCGGGUCUUCAUGGGCGUCACAAGAUUGAAUGCUGGGCCCCAUUUCCCAACUUGAUUAGUACAUAUAGAAAGGCCGGCUCGGCUUCCCGGGAUUCAGAUAUCGAGAACAACAACGUGGCUGAAUUCCACAAGGAGCAGGCCUGGAAUAUGGUAUAUAGCACCAGGCGUAAUAUCCACCAAUUGGUUGCUAGUGAGGAAUUCGUUUACUCACAAUGGAAGGAUGAAGAUGUGCCAUGGUCGAGCAAAGCGACUAAGCCCAAGGAGUUUGUUUAUCCUGAUGGAUAUCUUGUCAAUUAA